GUUAACGGGGGCGCGCUCGUCGCCGAGGAAGACGACGUGAGAGCGUGAACGCGCGAAGGUGGGGAAGCUCGACAGCAGCUUAUUCUAACCCAGGGACCGAGAGAGAAACGUCAGCACGGAUUUCCUUUGGGAUAAAAGAACAGGCCUCGCCGCUAAAACGAUGCCUCACUCACGGCGGUACCCAUCCUCGGAGCGGGCCAGUCGGAGCAGCUACCAGGACCGGUACCGGGCCCGCAGGCACCGUCGGAGGCGUACCCCUUCCCCGUCGUCCAGCAGUGAGCGGGAACGGGACCGGCGAGGCGGAGGCCACCGGCACGAGGGCAGCUACCUGCGCUCCAGGAGCUAUGAGAGCCGCUCGUCGGACCGCAGGAUGUACGAGCGGCGCUACUGCGAGGGCUAUCGGCGUCUCGCCUACAGCCGCGAGCGGGAGCGCCAGCGAGGGGCCGCCGCCGCCGACAGCUUCUACACGCAUGCCGACUUCGCCCCGCGCCCCUACGACUUCCGGCGCGACCGCGAGAGGGAGCGUAACCGGGAGCGCGAGGACUCGUACGGCCCGAAGGGUAGCAGGCGUAAGCACAAACGAAGGAGGCGUAGAACCAGGUCCUAUAGCGCGUCCUCAUCGAGGAGCAACAGCCGGACGCGGGCGUUGAGUGUGAGGGACGACGAGGAAGGGCACCUGGUCUAUCGGAGUGGGGACGUCCUGCAAGAGAGAUAUGAGAUCGUCAACACUUUGGGGGAGGGAACUUUCGGCCGGGUGGUGCAGUGCAUAGACCAUCACAGGGGCGGAACUCGAGUUGCCCUGAAGAUCAUCAAGAACGUGGAGAAGUAUAAGGAGGCAGCUCGGCUGGAGAUCAACGUGCUGGAGCGCAUCAAUGAGAAGGACCCCGAGAACAAACACUUGUGUGUGAGGAUGUUUGACUGGUUCGACUACCACGGCCAUAUGUGCAUCUCCUUCGAACUGCUGGCGCUCAGCACCUUCGACUUCCUCAAGGAGAACAACUACCUCCCCUACUCCAUCGGACAGGUCCGCCACAUGGCCUACCAGAUCUGCCAGGCCGUCAAGUUUCUACAUGAUAACAAACUGACACACACGGACCUGAAGCCAGAGAACAUCCUGUUUGUGAAUUCGGACUUCACCAUGACUUACAACGCGGAGAAGAAACGGGACGAGCGGACGGUGAAGAAUACGGGCGUGCGUGUGGUGGACUUCGGCAGUGCCACCUUCGACCACGAGCACCACAGCACCAUCGUGUCCACGCGGCACUACCGUGCACCAGAGGUCAUUCUGGAGCUGGGCUGGAGCCAGCCCUGUGACGUCUGGAGCAUCGGCUGCAUCCUCUUUGAAUAUUACCAGGGCUUCACCUUGUUCCAGACCCAUGACAACAGGGAACACCUGGCCAUGAUGGAACGGAUACAGGGACCGAUCCCCUCCAAGAUGAUCCGCAGGACCAGGAAACAGAAGUACUUCUACCAUGGCCGUCUGGAUUGGGACGAGAACUCGUCAGCCGGCAGAUAUGUGAGGGAGAACUGCAAGCCUCUGCGGCGGUACCUGCUCUCAGAGGCAGAGGAGCACCACCUCCUGUUCGACCUGAUCGAGAGCAUGCUGGAGUACGAGCCUUCCAAGCGGCUGACGCUGACCGCCUCCCUUCGUCACCCUUUCUUUGCUCCCCUCCGGGAGACUGGCUCCGGGGGCGACCCAGGGGGCAGCAAGAGCUGGGAGGGCAACCGUGACAUCAGCCGGUGAUCUGGUCUCCUUUGGGGUCCCCACAGUGAUGGGCUUUUGUGGAAAGGGACACGGGUGAAUUUUAUUGGACUGUUUUUGAGCAGAAGUGACAGAGGUGUAUGGGUAACAGGCAGCCACCGCCUCCUCCCCUUCCUCUUCAUCACUUCCCCCUUCUCCAAACUCUGGUUCAGCUGACAGGAGGUGAUGGACGGACCUGGUACCAUCCCAGUCUCUGCUCAUGGGGGAUUGGUGGUGGAUGAUGUGUGGGAUCAUGUGACUGCAGUUUCAGCCAAUCAACAUCCAACAUUCAUGCUAAGACUCAGCAAGUGUCUGAGAAGUUCUUUUUUUUUUAAAUCAUUUUAUGUCUUAAUUGGAUGGAGUCAGUAGCAGUUAUUAGAAAUCAAGUGUGUUGACAGAAGCCAUGCAGCCCCCCCCCACCACCCCACCCCCCACCAGCUGCCGGCUUUAAGCUGCUUCCCUGGGCGCAUCUCCUGCCCCCUGUGACAGCACACUCGAUGCCUGUUUGACUGCCGAUGAGAUGUACGAUGUCUCCUUUUGUCAGAGUGAUUGACACUCCACACUGCCUGUUGAUUGGCUCUCUGCGAGAAGGUACUGCCCUCCUCCGGGACUCCUCUUUGCUUGCUGAUGGAAUUAAACCUCGAGGGCCGGAUAUCCGUGGGCUGUGAGCUCUGAUCAACACAUCUGAUUGGAUGGCAGAUGUACCACAAACUUUCUGUUACAAAGGAUCCUAUGUCCAGCAUCUCAGUAAAGCACAUAUUGGCUGUACCUCCGUGCAGAGUCACUCGGCGCCUCCCACAGGACAUCAACGGUUUACAGUAUUUAUUCAGAGAAGCUGAUGUCAUGCUUCUGUUCUUUUUGUAUGAAAUGAACUGUGUAUAAACUGUAUAUAAGUUACGAUUCUAUAAUAAAAGAGAGCUCCUACAGCG